UCUCUGAUUUACAAUAAAAACUGAAUCCUGUAUAUUGUGCUAUUUAACGUAUGACUGUAGUACACAUGGUCAGUUUAUGCAGCUAGUCUGCAAUGCUUCAUUCAUUUGCUUCAUUCAAAAUGUAUAUCUGAGGUUCUGUUAUUGGUAUUUGAAGAAUUAGAAUUGAAGUGUUAGUUACAAUGACAGACCAUGGGGGAAUUGAGGAAAAAUCAAGUAAAGUUCACAUCUCAUCCACUGAAAAACCUAAUCAGACACAUUCAGUGAAAUACUCAGGAGGCUGCGUCAAUUGAAGGGUAUACCGACAAGUUAAGUGUAAUUCUUGCCUGUAGGAAAACAAACAGAUGUGACUUUUUCCCCCCUGGGAAGUCUUUUCAUCGCAGUACUUAUUGUUUCAAUUUUCUUUGGAGAUUAGUGCUCUUUUUCACUCUCUCUUGAUUGCAGGUUUUCUGUAUCGCAGGCUUGCAAGUAAAACUUACAGGUAAUUCAAAUCUGCAAUGUGUUCACAUUGUUGGUGUGUACAUUGAUUUCCACAACUGUGAAAGAGCAGAAAAUUGUGAUGGUGACCGUUGCACCAUUCCCUCAAAACCCAUAUUAUCUUGCAGACAUUAGACUAGUGCUUCUGGGGUCUGCAGGUGAAGGGAAGAGGUCAGUUGGAAACACCAUCCUGGGUAGAGAGGAGUUUAGUAGUCAGAAAACUGCCUUAUGUGUGACAAAAAUCGGAGCAGUGGUAGGGAGGCAGGUCACUGUUAUAAACACACCAGGCUGGGGUAGAGAGGAGCGUCUCGCUCAAACUCCUGUAAGUGUUCAAGAGCAGCUUCUGCAGUGUGUGUUUCCUCCAGGAGUCCAUGCUCUGCUGUUGGUGAUACGCGCAGACAAGAAAUUCACAGAGGCCCACAGGGCAGCACUGCAAGAUCAUGUAGAGUUUCUCGGUGAGAAUGUGUGGAAUCACACCAUGGCGCUGUUUACCUGUGGGGACUGGCUGGGAGAAAUACCUGUUGAGCAGUUCAUUUAUAGUGAAGGUGCGCCCCUUCAGUGGGUUGUGGACAAAUGCAGCUACAGGUAUUAUCGUAUCGACAAUACUGACAGGGCUGAUGUCACACAGGUCUCAAAGUUGCUGGAGUGCAUAGAGUUCAUGGUAGCUAUGAACAAAGGGCGAUGUUUUGAGAUAGACAAUCAAAGACACAAGGCAGAGGUCAUAAAAGGGAGUUAUCAGGAAAAAGCAAUGCAACAGAUGCGAAAACGAAAACAGCAGAAUAUGGGGACGUGGGAUGAUCCAAUGCUCAACAGAUGUAAGAGUGCAAGGAUAUCACUUACAAUGAAAGAAGAGGACAAAGAGGCUAAAUAAAGGGGAAGCUCAACAAUAAA